AUGACGACUUUGUCUAUCCUUGCCGUUGCCCCUUUGAGUGCUGGCGCCUUUGCCUCACCGGUUCCAACCCAAGUACCAGCCAAGCCGGCGGGCUGUCCAGUGAUCGUGGGGCAGAAAGGCUAUAUGAGCGAUCCGUAUCAUGGUCCGCACACGGGGACUCCUACCACCACCGGGGCUGUGAACGCGCCGGCGACACUUGCUGCGGCAAUCGAACCUAAACCACCAAACUCGACCGCGACGUAUUAUAAUAGCCAGGGUGUACCCCUUCACCCGAUGACAGCGCCAUAUACACCAGCUGGUGGACUGGGCACAAAUGGAACCCUGCCUCAUUACAUGGUAGAAAGUGACUUUGACUUCAAGUCGAUUGCCCUUGGUGUCUACCAAGAGUACAUCGAGCUUGAUCUACUCCUUGAUGGCUUUGCUCCUUUCACCGACGAGGAGUUCCUGGAGGCCGGCUGGAGGCCGGCCUGGUCCAGAGGCACGAUCGCUGAUCGAGUUCAUGGGGGACCAGGGGACCGGACACGCGACAUUGCUGGGCAACAUGCUGGCAGAAGCCGCGCCAAAGAUGUGCGUAUACGACUAUCCGUACUAAAACGUUCGCACGUGGGUAGAUUUCAUACAGCAUAUAACUCGGUUCGGCGAAUCGAGUCUAACUCCCAUCUAGACUCUCGAGAAGUUCCCAAUCUACUCUCCCUGUCGAUUACGACCGAAGCUCGCCAACAAAUGAUCUUCCGACAGAUGUCAGGCCCAAACCCAACGGAUGUUUUGGGAACGACCCGUCUCGCAUGGCAGAACUUCCCAACUCUCCGUAUCCUGAACAACCCGAACAUCAACCCCGUGUCCCCAGACAAGACGCCCAAAGACGGUAGCGAGACAGUCGGCAAGCGCAUUACCGAUCCAUCUGUAUCUGACAUCUCUAGGGAUGAGAACUGCCUGUAUCAACAUGCGCCUCUCUCAUACGCCGGAAAGCAGGUCCUCUUUGAAUGGGAAGCACCAAGCAAGAGUGUCAGACCAAAUAGCUCCUACAUCACGACUACAACCGCCGGCGAGCCCAAGUUCGUGCCCGAGGGAUCCGUGUAUGACAGUGAUGGUAUUAUCAACGGCACUAUGGCUGUCGCCUUGACCGACCUAGACCUCUUCGUUACUCCGUUUAACCAGACUAUGCUGAAUCCCCAUAUUGUCGCCCUCGGCUUGUCCAUGGCGGGUUAA